AACCUUCUACUUUUUUUUUCGAGGAGUGUGCAGAUGGGAGCCAGCAGAUCCAUUGCACAAACAGGGCACUGAAGUUAAAGCACUGUGAUGUUAGCUUAAAUGAUAUCUGAACAAGUUGGGGGGGGGGGCAUCUCCAAACCUGAUCAGACCCACAGAGAGGUUGCAUUGGACUCUGGUGGGGAGUGCUCAUUCUCCCCCCUGGUGUCUGAUGGUUCAGACUUGCCUGCUGGGACCGAUCUAUCUCUGACCAGAGUUGUGUCAUCGAGAUCUAUAGAGCUUGCAGAAGUGAGUGGGUGUCUCUGUCUGUCAGUCAUGUGUGUAGUGGCAGAGCACGAGUCUGCGAUCUGAGCAGAGAGAGAGAGGAGAGAGAGAGGAGUGAUAACACACACAGACACACACACACACACACAGACAGAGAAGCCUCUCCAGACUGGACACACUUUGCAACAGAGAGAGAGAGAGAGAGAAAGAGAGAGAAAAAAAAGUCAAGACAAAAUUAUUUGAAGGGGACCCCUGGGCAAAAAUGGAGGGCAGCACAGGGGACACAACCCAAACUGUGGAAGAAAAACCCAUGAUGUCAGUCGCUGCUUUAGCUUCAAGGUUCAGUCACGGAACAAGCAACGCCCUGGAAAAACAUGAGAAACCAAUUAACAGACCAACUCGCAGGAAGCCUCCUUGCUCUCUUCCUUUACACUGCACCAGCGGUGAGAUAAAAACAGAGUCGGAUCAUAACGGAGCUGAGAAGCCACCGAUAAACGACUCCUCUCGCCAUCUAAAACUGAAGAUGAAAACUUCCUCUCCCCUCAUUGAAAAGUUGCAGGCCAGCUUGGUUCUCUCCCCAACUGUUCUCCUGCCCGGGAUUUGUCCAAAGAGCCCGUUAAAGUCUUGCUUCUCGCCCUUUGGCAGCCCUCCUUCCACUCCCAGUAGCCCUGGGAUCCGCUCCCGAUCCAGUGAAUCAGCAGAUGAAAGUCCAGUCACAUUUGAUCAGCCGCCGGGAGCAGAGCCUCUGCAAAGUUUGCACAAGGGCCGAGUGCGUCUGUCGCUGAAGCGUCGGCCCCCCAGCAGACGGUUUAGAAAGUCGCUCACUGAAGACACUGAUUCUCCAGACGGUGAAAAGCCAGUUAACUCAGCCAAGAAUGUGGAGCCGCAGGAGAACGGAGCCGCAGAGGAAGAAAACAGUGAGGUUUUCGGUGAACAAAACAUGCAAACCGACAAUCCAGACCCCAAAAACUCACCCUCACCUGAAGAGGGAUCGCCUCCUACAUCGGAGACACCCAUGCAGACGGAAACCAGCGAUGCCUUCUCCUCUGAGAGCAAAGAGUGUGAGAGAUCUGCCAGCACAAGCCACCAGGAAAAUAGCGGCCAGGAUGUCAGCGCCGUGAAAAACACAGAGGAAUGUUCGGACAUGGUCACCGAGGCCUCUGAAGGUGCUGAGCAGGUCACCGCGUGCUGUGAGACUAUGAGUUCUAAGAUGUCCGAGCAGGAAUCUCUCAGCAAUGAACCAUCGAUCAAAGAACCCGAAAUGGUAGAUGCCGUGGAGCAGAGCUUAGAUGGAGAGGAAGAGUCCCGCGGGAAUGAUGAAGAGUGAAGAUGACUCGGAAUGGACAACUAAUUCCACUCAGCUUUGAAAACCAAUAGGAGCUUACUUUGUGCCAAAUUAUUUCCACAACCGCAGAACACGGGUGGAUACCACCAAUGUUUCUUUGUUCUAUGCAAGUCUGUUUUUCUUUCCUUUGCUGGGACCUGGUCGCGAGUUUAUGUGUUUGUUCAUCUGCAAAUGCAUACUCAUUGCCAUGAAAUGAGGGCUGGAUUCCUUUCACAUAGACUGGCAGUUUGCGACAGAGGUGGGAAUUAAUGAUCAGUAAAGUGCAAUCUGAAUUUUUUUUGCAUGGUUAUUUAAUUCAAACUACGGGUAUGUCCAAAAAUCAACUCUUACUGUUACAGUAUAGUAAAAGCUCAAACCGCCGGUCUGUCUGAAUAAAUCUGCCUUGUAGGUUGUGUCAAAUGGGGCGAAUGAAUGCAUGUGGUUAUGUCAACACCCACCCUGACGUAUAGCGUGAGGAUUCUCUGCAAAAAUAGACAAUGACAGCAUCAACACAAAGAAACCAACAUGGAGAGUCAUGAGCGACAAGGAGGCAAAGGAUAACAGAUUGUAGUGGGCCAUUGCUGCAUUUGAAAUUGAAGAACAUUUGUUAAAUAAGAUUACGGAUAUUUUUCUGUACUACAGCUGUCUUGUCUACCAGCCAGACACCCACCAUAUCAGCUCUAUUUGAGAAAUCCAACACUUAAACGUAAACCUCGUGAACUUGACUUCUCCGUCACCUGCUUCGAUUACAAUCAAUGAUUGUGUUUCGCCCACAAAAUACACACAGUCACUCCACUUUACAGUAUAUUCUAUGGAGCGUCUUGAGACAUCCCAACGAUAAGGUGAUGAGGCACUGUAUCAAAUGCAGGGAUUAUUAUAAUGAUCAAUUGAAACCUUUAACUUUUGUAAAACAAAUUUGCUGUCGUUUUUUUUCAAAACAUGUAUUUCUAGAAAGCUGUAAUGUAAAUUUUAAAAGAGGCGUUUUUGCUACAAUUUCAUAUCGCUCACGAGCAUCUUGCUGCUCAAUGCUGUAACAUGCGCGGAUAAAGUGGCUUCCAAAUGUGGCUGAUCUCAUUAGCCCUCAAAUCCCCAGCAGAAAUGAGCCUUGCUUUCUGAAGCAAAAAAUAAGUCAGUGCUAUAUUUUCUUAUUUUCAAAGAGAUGCACACUUGUAAGAGAACGUUUUUAAUCACCUUCUGACCUAAACAAAACAAGUGAAGACUCUUGCGAUGUACAAAUGCAAUGCUAUUUUAUAUGUCGAUUCUUUCACCAGGAUUUGCCUCGGAGAUUUGCUGCGUUUACAAUUCGAGCUCUUUUGCAAUAAAUAAAUAAAUUCUGGGAGAAGAAUCUUAUCAGAAAAAUUGGCCAUGACACCAGGUUUCCUCUUUGCUUUUUGUGAUUAGUGUUUUGUGCUUAAUGUUGUUUCUUGAGGCAAAGCAGGCAAAAUCUUGGUCCUACUGAGUGAUCGAGCCAUCCAGCAGUGCAGUAUUUCCCUGACUGGUGCCACUCAUCAAAAAGUGCAAAAUAAAUUCAGGUUUUUAAAUCUAUUUAAUUUAGUGGCUGUAAAGGAAAACACCAACCACGUGAAGUCUUACAUCAGUGGCUUACCAGCCUUGGAAAACCGGGAGGUGUGCAUUGUUGCGAUUGGUAAAUACGUAAACAUCACUGACUGUGGUUACUUGCUAACAUUUUUAUAAAUUGUUAGUUUCUCCCAAAGUUUGUUGCAAUAAAACUGCAAAAUCACAUUGCACAGGUAUAGCGCCUGUUGCAAAUGUGUCCUCUCUCAGAUGUUCAGUACAGUGGCCUUGAAACAGCUUUCGGAGCAAGGUGUUUUGACCUGUUUCAGGAAUACUGUUCCCAAAAAUCCUCAGUUUCCAAAAAUCCUCAACACUGCAACAUUGCCUUAAGUGCAAUUUGACUAUGUUAUACGUCCAUACACGUAGGGAUACAUUGUCAUAAUUUGUUUUGACGAUUCCUUUCUCUUUAUCAAUCCUUUACCUUUAUCAAUUGGCUGCCACGUUUCACCCACAAAAUACACAGUCAAUUCAUUUUACAGUUUAUUCUGUGAAGCACUUUCAGACGUCUCAACGGCAUGAUAAUGCGUUAUAUCAAAUGCAAGGAUUAUUAUUUUUAUCUGAAUAUCUUGAGGUGCCAAUAAUCUUCACAUAGACCAUGAUUGGGGGAUUCACUUAUUAGUAAAGAGACGUUGCUUUAAUCACAAGCAAAAAUGUACGUACACUUUAAUGCUUUUAAUAUGCCAAACAUGGUGUCUGAUGCUAGGCAUCUUGGGUUGAUACUAAAGUGCCUCAUUCACAAAGUUGUAUGAUUUUUACUUAUCUUGUGUUACUAUUACUGUAAAUGCUAAUAUACCCCUUUUAACCACUUUCUACUUUGUGGUGUUCUUAGUGGUCUCUAUGUUCCAACUCAAUGUCAACCUCCUAAAGUCAAUACAUUCACACGAUGGAAUCCUAUAAAUCAUCCAUAUAAAUUUCCAAAUACAAAAUGCAUUUAAUGUGUAAAUACAAUUAUAUAGUCCUUGCAUUAGAUAUUCUGAGAUUCCUGCAAGCCUUCUUUGAAUAAUUUUGCAAUGGCUAUUUGAAAUGUUUUGAAGAGUAAGGGGGUUAAUUAUCUCAUUCCUAUAGGUCUGAGCUCAGCAAAGAUGCACUUGAAAACAAAGUAGCUGUUUAAAGGGUUACACACUGAGCUAAGUUUGUAAAGACAUGAAGAGAUGUUUGUGGUUUGUUUGCCAAAAAAAUCUAAUUUGCAUCUGUUUACAUGUAUCAACUAAGCCUUUAGUUGAUAAUAAAAAUGUUGCCAAAUAUCAACAGGUAUUUCAUUCUGAAAUGUUUUGUCAUCGAAUGGAUCCAUUUAACACGAGAAACUAGGCAAUGGAGGUUGUUCCCGUUUGAAAUUUGGAAUGAUUGCAAGUGUUCUGAGACGCUAUGUAUAAAUGCAAGUUGUUUCUGUU